AUGUCCCUCAACAUCCUCAUAGUGGGCGCUGGUAUCUGUGGUCCAGCUUUGGCAAUGCUUCUUCAAAAGACAAAUCCCCAAAACAACAUCAAGAUUGUGGAAAGAUUUCCAUCCUUGCGGUUGGCAGGCCAACAAGUUGACCUGAAGACCCAGGCUCCUCAUAUAUUGAGAAAAAUGGGGCUAAUGGAUGAGAUCAAGUCACGCUGUGUCAACGAGACUGGCCUCGAGAUGGUGGACUCCAAGGGGAAGCAAGUAGCAUUCUUCGGUGCUAGUGCCGCCGGCGAAAGUCGCCCUGGCUUGACAAGCGAGCAUGAAAUCAUGCGAGGAGAUAUGGUACAGGUUCUAUACGACGCCAGUCUUAAGCAAGAUGCCGAAGUCAGGGCUACUUCCGGAGGCACAGCGGGAGUGACAUAUGAGUUUGGCCAAACGAUAACAGCCCUUAAUCAGAGUCCAAAUGGCGUGGAGGUCACUUUCUUGGAUGGACAGCAAGCACGUUAUGAUCUCGUUGUCGCCGCAGAUGGGCAGGGCUCUCGCACCAGACGACUCGCCUUUGGCAAAGAAGUCAGUGACGCAUCAUUCAAAUCACUCGGCAUUCAUGGUGGUUACUUUAGCAUCCCACGCAUCCAAGAUGAAGGAAGUCUUGCAAGAGGACAUCUUGCCCCUGGAAGUCGGAUGAUCAUGACCCGCACCAGUGAUCGUCCGGUGACAGGAGUGCUACUUUUCACCACAAAGGCUUCACCGACGUUGAAUGCAGCAUAUAAAGAAUCUAUUGAGAAACAGAAAGAAGCUUUCAUAGAGAUGUUCAGAGACUCGGACUGGCAGGCUGAUCGCUUGAUGGCUGGACUGGCUGCUUCCGAGGACUUUUACGCUCAUGAGCUUGGUCAGGUCAAGAUGGACCAGCUGUCAACUGGCCGCGUGGUACUUCUUGGAGACGCAGGCUAUUGCCCAAGCCCAUUUACUGGGUUAGGUACCAAUCUUUGCCUAAUGGGAGCAUAUGUACUGGCCGGAGAAUUGGCACGGCAGGGAAAUGAUGUGGUAGGAGCGCUCAAAUCCUAUGAUGAGAAGAUGCGGCCUUUCAUCGACGAUUGUCAACAGUACUCCCCGGGAACUCUGAGUCUCUUCUUUCCCUCUUCCCGUCUCGGCAUUUGGUCUAUGCUCCAGCUCCUUCGGGCUGUGGCUAAGAUGAGCGGCUUAUUCUCACGAUCUCCGAAAGAGGACGAGCAUUGGAAGCGGAUUCCAGAGUAUCCGGAGUUGAAGCUGACGUCGUGA